AUGAUUAUUUUCAAUCAUGAAAACUUUAUUAGCGGACCGAAAAGACAAGGCACAGCUUUAGAUGUAGCAGCAUUAGAAAGAACAUUUAAACAAUUUCGAUUUGAUGUGACCACUCACAAUGAUCUAACGGAAAAAGGAUUGUUUGUUGAACUGAAAAAAUUUAGCAGAAGGGACUUCAGUGCCAGCGGCUGUCUUUGCGUGGCGAUCCUGACUCACGGACAAGACCACGGCUAUCUAAGGGCAUUUGACACACGUUACUGCGAAAGAGAUGUAAUCGCCUGCUUUGACGCUCGUCUCAAUCCCAGCUUGGUAGCUAAACCCAUCAUAAUUUUAAUUCAGGCAUGUCGGGGUCGACAACCUGCUUCCGUUGUGGAAGUGCGAAGCAAAGAUGUAUCUGAACCUGUUCAGACUGUGGAACUAGAUGCUGUAUUACCAACAGAGAAAUAUCGCAGGCCCAUGGACUCAGAUAUAAUCAUGUUUCAUAGCUCUUUCUUUGGAAGAGCCUCUAUCAGAGUGGUUGAAGAAGGCACGUGGUUCAUACAAAAUCUUUGCGAGCAAAUAAGACUGCACGCCGCCACAGACCACUUCGAAAAGUUGUGCCGAAGGGUUCGAACCAUCGUUGCUCACAUGGAGUAUGAAGGGGCCAAGCAAAUGCCAGUAGUUACCUCAACGUUACUCAAAAAGCUAUAUCUUAAAAAGGCACCUUCUAGUUCAGACUUAGAUAACAUUUAACAAAAAGCGCUGGUGAAA